GUGAUUGAGGUGACCACUACAGUGUAUUAAGAUGCUUUGCUGUCCCUGUAUUCCUCUGAGGAAGAGGAAGAAAGUCCAGGAAGAGCAAUUCUUGGAGAGGAGGCCUCGUCACUGGCUGAGGAGAUUAUUUAGAAAAAACAAGACUGGGGAUGCUGGUAUACCUGCGAUCCAGGAGCCAGGGCCUGUGUCAGGGGACGUCCCUCAGAUCUCCAGCACAGUAAAGGAGGUUCCCUGUCUGGACACCCCAGGCCCUCUAGUCACCCUAGCUACCCUUGAGUCCUCCACACUGGUCAGCCCGGCCUCCCCAGAAACCCCAUCUCCUGGGGCACCCCAAGGAGAGGAGGUCCCCAGCCCGGACACCCCAAAAGGCUGUGACCCCCUGGACCGGUUAAUGGUCCAACUCGUGGAGAGGAGCCGGUCCCCAUCAAGGGGCCGUAAAAAGAGGGCCAGGUCAGCCCCUGUGGCCCUCACCAUUGCCCCGGAGGCCCCAGCGAGUAGGGCCAGGACAUCCCCUGUGGCCCUCCUCAUUGCCCCGGAGGCCCCAGAGAGAAAGCUGCAUGUUCUCCCGGCCCAGCAGCUGAAGUGCAGGGGGCUGCCUAACCUUGGACAGACCUGCUAUAUCAACUCCACCCUGCAGUGUCUGUUCGCUCUGCAGCCCCUCUGCAUCCAGCUGCUCCUGCAGGAGGAGACGUGGAGGCAGGAGCCCUCAGCACUGCUCCUCAGCUCCUUUGUGGGUCUCUGGUGCCUGAGGGCAUCCACGGACAGGGAGCUGAAGGCGGCAGUGCUGAUGGAGCUGAAGGACUGCAUCGCCCUGCGCAACCAAGAAUUCAAGGGGAACUCACAGAACGACGCCCAUGAGUUCCUCUCGGAGUGUCUUCUGGGCCUCAAGGACAUUGGGCACACCCUCCAGAUGGGGGAUGUGUCCUAUCAGUGCCCAGUGGACACUCUGCUCUCCUUCCAGCUCCAGCACAUAAGAUCUUGCAGGAGCUGUGGAGUUGAGAGCAGGAGGGAGGAGAUCUCCACCUACCUCUCCCUCCAAAUGGUUGCGCAGGGCACAGUCCAAAACAGCCUAGAGCUCUACUUCAGCGAAUCAGAAGUUGAGUACAGGUGCGAGCGGUGUGGGGGUCAGGUGUCGAGCCUGAGGUGUAGUUUCUACACACUACCUCAGGUUCUCAUUUUACACCUGAAGAGGUUUUGCCCCUUCACCCUCACCAAAAGCAUGGCACCGCUUCAGCUGGAGGCAGAGCUCCAGAUCAAACAAAGGACUGAGGACAUUGCAGGAAGGUGUGGCGAGUCCCCUCAGGGUCCCAGUGCAGGAUCAGGCCGCUGCCCUGCAGCCACCUCUACUCUGGGGGGGGCGUCUUCCUCUGAAGCAUCCUCCAUCAUUCAGGAGCUAGAGGCAGGGACAGAGAGAGAGAAGGUGGAGGGAGGCAGCUCCACCUACUCCUUAAUGAGCGUGCUGAGCCACAUUGGCACCAAUGCGGACUGCGGUCAUUACACAAGUGACUGUGCUGAGGAAGGGGGACUCUGGCUCUCUCUUAAUGAUGAGGAAGUCUUCCCCACCACUCAGGAUGCUGUACUCAGAGAGAGAGCCAGCACUGCCUACAUGCUCUUUUACACCAGAAAGUGAAGUGCCCCUUCCUGGUCAUCAAGGCUCAGCACCAGACGCAGGCGGGACUCUCCAGAGGCUUCACAUGUGAAAUAAGGGUUCUGUGAGAGGCUGUUGGACUCCAAGCCUAGUCUCAUCGGUGGUCUCUCCCCAGGAUCAUGGUGCUGAAACAGCUCAGUCCUGCUGCCUCCUGCGCACACUUACUUGCCUGAAUAAACCAACAACCCAGUGUUUCACACAC